AUGCAGCUCCCAGAGAAGAAAGUAUCUGAUGAGAUGACAUAUCUAAUACUUGAGGACAAUGUGGACAACGAUCCUUGCAAAUUUGCUCUCAUGAAUCGGGAAACAUCAGAACGGUUCAUAUUGCAGUCUGCCAAUCCUGAAAUCCAGCAAGCUUGGGUACUGGAUAUCAGUCAAGUACUUGACACACAGAGGGACUUCUUAAAUGGAUUGGGGCUGAUGAGUGAAAUUCUGCUUUUUCUGGAGAUCAUCUCUCUAUGGAUGUCCUCGGAGAAUUGUGAAUCAGGUGACAUUACCCUAAAGAUCUGCAACGUGAUGCCUCAGGACAGUGGCAUUUACACCUGCGUGGCCACAAAUGAACUUGGAACAGCAUCCACAUCAGCAACAAUCAAAGUACAAGACUCUGCAGCGGAUGGUGCUACCAUUACUUGGAAAGAGAAUUUUGAUUUUGCCUAUACAGAACUGAAUGAAAUUGGACGGGGGCGAUUUGCUGUCGUAAAGAAAUGUAUUCACAAAGCCACAAGGAAGGAUGUUGCAGUGAAGUUUGUCAAUAAAAAAAUGAAAAAGAAAGAGCAGGCAGCACAUGAAGCAGCCAUGUUGCAGCACCUACAACAUCCUCAGUAUAUCACCAUUCAUGACACUUAUGAGUCGCCAUCUUCCUAUAUCUUAGUUUUAGAACUGAUGGACGAUGGCCGCCUCUUGGAUUAUCUUAUGAAUCAUGAUGAACUGAUGGAGGAAAAAAUAGCUUUUUAUAUAAGAGAUACGAUGGAAGCUUUACAAUAUCUUCACAAUUGUCGAGUUGCUCAUCUGGAUAUAAAGCCAGAAAAUUUGCUGAUUGAUUUACGGAUCCCAGUGCCACGUGUUAAGUUAAUUGACCUUGAAGAUGCUGUUCAAAUCACAGGCCAUUACCAUGUCCAUCAUCUGCUUGGAAACCCGGAAUUUGCUGCUCCAGAAGUUCUCCAAGGGGCUCCAGUGUCCCUGGGCACAGAUAUCUGGAGUCUGGGAGUGCUCACCUACGUCAUGUUGAGUGGCGUUUCCCCCUUUCUGGAUGAAAGCAGGGAGGAGACAUGCAUCAAUGUGUGCCGAGUAGAUUUCAGCUUUCCCCACGAGUACUUUUGCGAUGUAAGCCAUGCUGCCAAAGAUUUCAUCCACGUGAUCCUUCAGGAAGAUUUCAGGAGGAGACCUACUGCUGCCACUUGCUUGCAACACCCGUGGCUGCAGUUUCACAAUGGCAGCUAUUCCAAAAUACCUCUGGAUACCUCACGCCUGGCGACUUUCAUUGAACGCCGCAAACACCAGUUUGAUGUGCGCCCUGUUCCCAACGUGAAGAGCUUCAUUAUGAGCAGAAUGAACCCAGGAACGUAACGCAAUACAACUGCGGUAACAAUGACGGAGCGCUACAGCGGGUGAAAAUGGAGAAAGCAGAUUCACUGCAACUUUUCCUCUGUGUACAGAGUAUUACAUUUGAUGUGAUUGUUGAGGAAAGUGUGUACUGUUUCAGCAGUUACAUUAUCUAAGUAGUUAGAAUUAGACGCUUUCUCAGGUUGCCUCAGCUGCAACGUCUUGAGGGGGAUUUGUUGUAAUUACAUGGUCAUGUUCAAUAAGAUGGCAUCAGUCAAAAACGGGAAUCAAAACACAGUUAUCUUAUUUCUGAAAGAUUUGAAGAUCUUCAACCAUCUGAAAGAUCUAGGCAGUUUUGCUAAUUAUAUGAAUAGUUGAGUGAUGUAUCUGAAAUUCAAUCAAAAAUUGGAAAAACAAAACUAAGUGACUAUUUAUAGUCAACAAUUCUUAAACUGGAGUGGAUAAAUAUUGGCUUCUGUGAAAAUUGCUAUCCUUGUGUUAAUUAAGGAUCAGAGCUUUCCUGUAAGGCAGAUUUCAUUAAUCUUGAACUAGAAUUAAGCUUGUGGUAAGUGUGCUAUACUUGAGAUUCACAGUAAUACUGAAGUGAUAGAUAAGUGGCAUUGAUCAAGAUAUCAGCAGAUCAUUGCCAAUAAGUCCUCUUGGGAUGCCACACUUUGUUUUGUUCAACAUUAACUUACUAGAAGGUAGCAGUGUGCUACUAACAAGAUGGUAAAGUAAUGGAGACAUCAAAAACAUUUAGAUGAAGCACAAAAAGGUGAUUUUUUUAAAAAUUAAAGUUUUAUAGCUCUUGUACAGAAAACUUUUGUUGAGAAAAAGCUAUCUUAAAAUAAGUGCUGUAUCUGUAAACUAGAUGUCAAAGACUUUUUCUAUUUGAAGAAUGUUUGUUGAAUCCUCAUAUUCUCUGUAACCUAAAAAGGAUUUUAUUUCCCUUCCACUUAUAAAAGUUGCUCAGUUGUGAAUUCAAGCCAAAGUUGGCCAAAGUGUGGUAAACAUAGUCGGUCCAUCAUUAUGCUUAUGGCUCUGAAAUUGGUCUUAGUACAUAAGGCUAAUAGUUUACUAUGACCGUAUGCAUUUACCUUCUUUGCUCCAUUUCUCAAAUAUGUUUUUUUUUUGUUUAAUCCCAAAGCAUAGUAUGAAGCAACUCAAUGAUAAUAUUAAAAAUCAUUGCAAUCAAUAUUACUUUCUGAUUAGCCAAGAGCCCACAGUGUGACAGCCCUUUAACAACCAUGUCAAAUUAAGUGUUUUUGAAAUAAUAGUUCCAGGCUGAAGUGUUCUUUCAUUAUCUUUGUAAAACCAUUCCAACACUGAACACCCCAAGAGUAUUUUAAUACAGUUAAUGAAUUAUUCAUGGCCUUGCUGUAUGACAUUCUUUAGAAGUCAAAUCAAUCAAAACAUCCAUCUGGUUUUCCCCACUCCUUUUCCCACUUCCCCAACAAUUAAUGUCCUGCAUGCCUUAGGGUAGGCUGAUUUAUUUAGUGAUUAUCAGCAGAUAUGAUGGUUGCUACUUCUUACAUGCAGAGAUAAUGGGCUCCUCUUGUUGGAUCACAAAGUGUCAAUGAUUUGAGGGUGUCCUUUCACUACUUGUGAUAUAAAAAGCUCCUGGUACAAUACUUUCAAGGCCAAAUGUAUUGUUUAGCUAAAAGAUAAAAUAAAUCUCAUCAUUCUGGGAAAAAGCAAGGAAUAAUUUAAGCUUUCAUCCUUGGCAAGACGAUACAGAUAACUGGUUUUCCAAAUAAAUGCAUAACUCCAUGACAAGCUGACAUUUGGUAACUAUUUGUAUUCUGUCAGUGGUGCCAGAGCACACAAGAUAGAGUACUCUUGUACAAUUGAAAGUUGGGGGUGGGGGAGGAAAAAAGAACUGGCAACAGUUCUUGCAAUUUUAUCAUGAAUACUGUGAAAGAGAAUUGUGGAAGACAGACUCAAUUCCUAAAGAAAAUGUGGGGCAAAGAUAAUACAGAGUGAGAUUUCUGUUCUGCAAUGAGCACUGCUACUUUUCUCCUUGUUCUUUUCCAGGAGUGAUUAAGUAUCAAUAUAUAUUUUUUUGGCUUAAAAGGAUUGGGCCUGGGGUCAAGAAUACCAAAACAGGAAGAACUCUAAAACUUUAGCAUGUUAGAUUUCAUGGGUUGGAUUAAUAUAUUUUUUUUAAUUGUACCAGCGGGAACCCACUCUUUAGUGGGUUCAAAGUCUCCUCUUUAUUUAAGGAAUUUAUAAAUUCAAACAAAGACCCUAUCAUCUAUUUCAGACAGAAGAAUCUCAGUCUAUUAACAUUUUGGACCAAGAUCCUAGUCCGAUCCCAUUUUAUCUAUUUUAUUUUUUAGAGAGCCUACUUCAUUUUUUUCAGACAUUGGGAAAUAAUAUGCCUUAAGAACCAAGAACACAUUCUCCAAAUGAAGAAAGGGAAAUUAGAAGGAUUAAAUUCCCAGGCACACAGGCCAUCUUGUCUGAACUGGCAGAAUAUUGGGGCUAUGAUAGCCUCCGUCCCAAAGGCAUUUGCAGUUUUUCUUGGAGAUUCCCUCUCUUGCAUCUUGUUUUACUUGGUGCAUGCUCUUUACAAUUAACAGAAAUAAUGGUUUUGUAAGACUCAUGUCAUGCUUAAUAAUAAUUCUAAAUCAAAUUAACAGGGCUAUUUCCCUAAUAUUUUCCCCUUUUCCUACCAAACUUCUCCAAACAAGUGCUGUAAAUGUUUUUCCCACUUUGCCUCACUAGAUAAGUAAUAAUCAAUACAGAAAAGCAGAACAAACAGUACAGAAAAUGAUGUUAGGAGGUGGGGCUAUUAAGUAUAUAUAUAGAGUGCCUUUGCUAGGAAAAAAAAGGCAAAGCCCUUUUUCUUUAAAUACAAGAUGUUCAUUUUUU